ACACCCUUGAUGGAUGCUAAUUUAAUUAAAACAGUUAAUAAACUUCAGGACGCUUUUGCUACUGUUGGUGUUCAGAACCCGGUAGAUUUGCCACAGAUUGUGGUUAUUGGCUCACAGUCAAGUGGUAAAAGUUCUGUUUUAGAAAAUAUCGUUGGUCGUGACUUUUUACCUAGAGGAACAGGAAUCGUUACUCGAAGACCUUUGGUUUUACAACUUAUCAACCGUCCGCAACCUGAGGUCUCUAAACCAAAUGGUACAACUAAGACUCCACCAGAUUCAUCGAAUAAAGCAAGUCUUGAUAAAACGGAUAAAGAACCAGAAGAAUGGGGUGAAUUUUUACACAUUCCUGGGCAAAAAUUUUAUGAUUUCAAUAAAAUUCGGGAGGAAAUUGUAAAAGAUACUGAAUUGAAAACAGGAAAAAAUGCUGGAAUUUCUCCUCAGCCUAUUAAUUUAAGGGUAUAUUCCCCCAAUGUACUAACAUUAACACUUGUUGACUUGCCCGGUCUUACAAAGUAUAUUACUAAGCCAAAUGCUAUUAUUCUGGCAGUCACAGCAGCAAACUCUGAUUUAGCGAAUUCUGAUGGGUUGAAAAUGGCUCGUGAAGUUGAUCCCGAAGGAUCACGGACAGUUGGUGUUCUUACAAAAAUAGAUCUUAUGGAUCAAGGAACAGAUGUUGUAGACAUUUUGGCUGGACGUAUCAUUCCUUUAAGACUCGGUUAUGUACCUGUUGUGAACCGUGGUCAAAAGGAUAUUGACACCAGAAAAGCCAUUUCAGCGGCCUUGGAAAAUGAACGUCUAUUCUUUGAGAAUCAUGCUUCGUAUAAGAGCAAGGCACAGUAUUGUGGUACACCAUAUCUUGCUCGUAAAUUGAAUAUGAUACUUAUGCAUCAUAUUCGUAAUACACUUCCUGAAAUCAAAGCCAAAAUUCAAGCAGUGUUAGCGAAAUAUCAAUCUGAAUUGCUAACGCUUGGUGAUCCUAUAGACGAUGGUGGUCAUAAUCAUGCCAACCUUGUUCUUAAUAUUAUCACUGAAUUUUGUUCUGAAUUUCGUACUAUUCUUGAUGGCAAUUCCAAUGAAUUAUCGUCAUUUGAGUUAUCAGGUGGUGCACGUAUAAGCUUUGUUUUCCAUGAAGUUUAUUCAAAUGGUGUGAAGUCAAUAGAUCCUUUUGAUCAAGUGAAAGAUGUUGAUAUUAGGACAAUUCUCUAUAAUUCAUCGGGUUCAUCUCCAGCUCUUUUUGUUGCUACAACUGCAUUCGAAGUCAUAAUUAAGCAACAAAUAAGACGACUUGAAGAGCCGAGUUUGAAAUGUAUAACGUUAGUUUAUGACGAGCUAGUCCGUAUUUUGUCUCAACUGUUGCAGAAGCCGAUAUACAAACGAUUCCCAGGUUUAAAGGAGAAAUUUUCUUCCGUUGUAGUUAAUUUCUUUAAAAAAGCUAUGACACCAACAAAUAAGCUUGUCUCGGAUCUUGUAGCUAUGGAAACAUGUUAUAUAAACACUGGGCAUCCUGACUUUAUAAAUGGUCAUAGAGCCAUGACGAUUAUUAACGAUAAAUUGAACCCCAAGCCAACAGUACCCGUUGACAAUAAGGGCCGAGGUACAUUGAAUAAUCUUACAAAUCCAUUAACCGAUCCUGAGCCUGCCAACACAGGAUUCUUUGGAAGUUUCUUUACUGCGAGUAAAAAGAAAAAGCCAGGCGUUAUGGAAACGCCGCCACCAGUUCUUAAAGCUUCCGGAAACCUUUCUGAACGUGAAAUUGUUGAGACAGAAGUGAUCACGGUCAUGCUUAAUCUUGUUUAUCACGCAAAAGAAGAACUUCAGCGUGAAUUAUUGCAAGAAUUAUACAAAGCAGAUGUCUUGGAUGAAUUACUUAAAGAAAGUGAUUAUACACAACAAAGACGUAAAGAAUGCAAGAAGAUGAUUGAAGCUUUACAAAAGGCUGAUGAGUCCACAGAUCAAUUAUCAAAAUCUGGAAUAUGA